AGACCAUCAACCCAUCCAUCAUCAUCUCAAGUUUCCCCGUCCCAGUUCAGGUCCUCACUCGCCUCUCUCAUCCGUGCCCAUUAUUGACUUUCAGACUGCCCCAGCCGAUGGCAGACACCAUCGUCGCCGACGGUAACAGGCGCCCGCCAUGACGUCACGGGAACACAAGCCGCGGUGCCAGUUGGCGCAUUCCAGCCAGCCAGCGCCGCCAUUGAUGCUCUCCAUCAUCAUGCUUUCCAUUGCCAUACUGUGACGUCAGUUUCAUCGCCAUGAACCUAUCCAUCGGCAUCCCGACCGCUAUCGCGCAGUCAUUCUCCUCCUCCCCGCAGACCUUUGAUAGCACCCCCAGUCGGUCUUCCUUAGUGCAGCUAGGCCUAAGGUGACACGUUCGGCACAAUGGUAUCCUUCAAGUUUAGAAGAGGCAACGAUGGCGACAGAGACAGCGAACAGAGGGAGCGCAAUGAGGAGCGACGACCCGAGGAGGCAGAUGAGCGUACCCGACUCCUGCCGCGUGAACCCCCUGCCUAUCUGAGCCCAGAUGAUCCAGCCGUCUCUCCCUACAACCUCUGGGGCAUCCGAGCCCUGCGGGCUCUCUCCUCCAUCUUCCUCGCCCUCAGCUUCAUCUGGUGGACCUUCCUCCUCGUCUCCCUCUUCGUGAGCCCGCCGAUGAUGCAUUCACGCGGGUCCGGCUUCUUUAGCUUCGCCUACACCACUCUGACGACCGGAUACCUCCUCCUGGGGCUCCUCUUCUUCGCCGUCCCAUCCAAGCCCAUGACAGUGUCUGGCUUUGUCAUUGCAGUCUUCCUCUGCGUCGAUAUGAUUCUCACCCUGGCCGUUCCUCGUCUUCGUGUCGAAGAAGGUUGGGUCGGAAUUGCAUCUGUGGUCUGGGCAACCUUCAUAUCCUUGUACACCAUCCUCCAGAGCCACUCCGUCGCAUGGGGUAAGCGAGAGGAAGAGGAACGCCUGACGGGUCGUCCGGAAACCCGUCGACCCCUCCGCGAAUGGGUCGCCGUCCUCAUCCAGACUAUCUUCCUGGUCAUCUUCGCUAUCAUUGUCAUCCUGUUUACCGCAACACUCAUACUCCGCGCCCGUGACGCCUCUCUCCCAGCCCCAGGCAAGAAAUUCCUCGUCAAUGGCGACAGCUACCAAGUCCACCUCGCCUGCGUCGGCAACAACACCCACAACCUCCACGGGAGCACCCCCACGGUCCUCAUUGAAGGCGGAGAGGGGCCCGUCGAACACACUCUCCAGCCCUUCAUCGACGACGCAUAUCAAUCCGGCCUCAUCCCCCGCUACUGCUACUGGGACCGUCCUGGCUUCGGCUGGUCCGACAACGCCCCGUCACCUUUCUCCGCUGGCAUGGGGGCAGAUGCCCUCUCCGAGGCACUCGCUCUAUCUGGCGAAGAAGGUCCCUGGGUCCUAGUGUCCUCCGGUAUUGGCGGCCUCUACAGCCGCAUCUUCGCCAGCCGUCACACCCUCGAAAUCUCCGGAAUCCUUCUCAUCGACUCCCUCCACGAAGAUUACCUCACCAAUAUCGGCUCCUCAGGCCGCGGCUUUGCCCUCUGGCUUCGCGGCGUUUUCUCCCCAUUAGGCCUGGACCGUCUUGCUGGCGCGAUCUUCAAGGGCCGCACGCGCGAAGACCGCGUCUAUGGGCGCAGCUCCUACCAAACGGGCAAAAUCAUCAAGGCCAAGCUGCAGGAGAAUCUAGUAGCAGAGUCGAUGACCUCAUCGGAAGUCCAGACCGCCCGGCACGUUCAGAUGCCCGAUACGCCGCUCGUGGUGGUUAGCUCGGGGGUUGAGGUCCGCAAGAGCCAGACGUGGGCAAAGAGACAGGAGGAUCUGACCAAGAUCACGAAGAACCUCAAGGACUGGGACAUUGUCAAUGGCGCACCGCAUGAAGUUUGGCGGCAUGCGGAGGGGAGAAGAGUCAUUGAGAAGAGGCUAACUGAGUUGAUCGGGAAGGAGUAGUCACUCCUCUCCCUCCAUUCCUUUGCCUAUCUAUGUCUAUUUAAUCGUUUGGUCUUGUUUUCUUCUUCUCGUCCCCUUUCGAGAUUUUCAUAUCUCGUUUCCUACCAUGUUCAGCCCCCGUCUUAGGAUCGACCAGCCUACGUGCAUGAAAUUGACAAUACAUGGCAUAAGCCUAGUGUAUGAUAAUGUUCAGCUUGAUCAUUUAUUUACUCCCUUUUUUUUUACGUCACACGUGUACUAGCCACGACCUACGGUCUCGCACACAGCUCAAGGCAUUCCGAAGCGCAUUUUCUUACUAAAGCACACAACUCUCUCUAAAUU